GGUCGACUUCUGGACUAGGGGCGUUCGCCAUACAUGUUUUGAAGCAGUUGUAAAGUAUAUUGGUGAACAAAUAUUCCGUAAGUUUAGCUCAGUCAUGGGAAACUGCUAUACAGUUGGACCGAAUGAAGCAUUAGUUCGUUCAGGUGGCUGCUGCGGCAAUGAUGCCAAAAAAACCGUUAUAGGAGGAUGGGUAUGGGCCUGGGCCUUCGUAACAGACGUCCAAGCGCUAACUUUGGAAGUAAUGACAUUGAAUCCAAAAUGUGAAAUGGUUGAAACUGCUCAAGGUGUGGCUGUGACAGUAACAGGGGUUGCACAAGUGAAAGUCAUGACAGAACCUGAACUGCUUAAGACUGCUUGUGAACAGUUUCUUGGAAGAACAACGAGGCAAAUUGAGAGCAUUAUCCUGCAGACAUUAGAAGGACAUCUCAGAGCAAUCCUUGGUACUCUGUCUGUGGAGGAGAUUUAUAAAGAUCGUGAAGCAUUUGCCGCUCUGGUUCGAGAAGUAGCAUCUCCUGAUGUUGGAAGAAUGGGUAUUGAAAUCCUCAGCUUUACAAUAAAGGACAUUGAGGAUCAAGUCAGUUAUUUGGAUUCCCUUGGUAAGACACAGACAGCCAAAGUGAAGAGGGAUGCAGAUAUUGGUGUGGCUGAAUCCAAUAGAGAUGCUGGAAUAAGGGAAGCAGAGUGUGAGAAAGAGAAGAUGGAUGUUGCAUACCAAGCCCAGACUAAUAUUGCUGACUCAUCAAGAGAGUACCAGAUGCAGAAAGCUUCUUAUGACCAGGAAGUGAAUGCCAGGAAAGCUGAGGCUGAACUGUCUUAUGAAUUACAGGUGAAAUAAAUUUCUGGUGCUAUUUGUCAA